ACCCUCUUUCCCUACUGAAAUGGCCAUUAGGUGCAGUUUUCCAGCUUUGAAGUCCCUGGUGUGUUCUGGCCCAUGAAACUGAAUUAAGAAGAUGGAGCAUCAUGCUGAAUAACAGACUUUCCCAAGCCCUUUAGGUGUAGGAGAGAGAGAAGUUUCUGGAAAUGUUGUACCCUUCAUGGAAACGAAUGUCAAGAAAAAGAACGUGAACAAAACCUGUAACACUCUGCCAAGUGCUGGAGAGGCUUCUGCUAGUAUCUCUAGCAUCUUGCCUUCAGAGCAGGUUUCACCACCUAACGUGUCAGAUCUUCCCAGAAUUUUGCCCAAAGAAGUACAUCUAGAAGCUGGACCUCAGAAAAGGCGACCAGGCACUGCAAUAAUAUCAAAACCAUCAGAUUCUUCAAACAUGUCUCGAAUGCCACUGAAUCGUCCCAUCAUCCCACCAAGAAGACCUUGCUUCAGGGUAUGCUAUAUCUGUGGCAGAGAAUUUGGGUCACAGUCUAUUUCUAUACAUGAACCCCAGUGCCUAGAGAAGUGGCGUAUUGAAAAUAGUCAGCUACCAAGGCAUCUCAGAAGAGCAGAGCCUAGGAAACCUGAGGUCCUUACUGGUGGUUCCCAUACGCUUAGAGCUGAAAAUGAGGCAGCUUAUCGUAGUGCUCAAGCCCAGCUCCUGCCCUGUGGAAACUGUGGCCGAACCUUUCUUCCUGACCGUCUCAUUGUGCACCAAAAGCAUUGCAGAGGAGGUAGCAGCAGUGUGGGGCUGUCAAGCUCUAGCCCCUGUAAAUCUGGUAAAGGCCCAGGCUCCAGGUCUGGCUCAGCAAGUGAUGAUCCAUUUAAGACCCGUCAAAGAAAGAGCGGGGCUGCACCAGAUGUAUUAGACAAGGCACAAGUGAUAAGACGGCCACCAGCAGUGAUUUGUUACAUAUGUGGCCGUGAGUAUGGAACGAAAUCUAUUAGUAUCCAUGAGCCACAAUGCCUGAAAAAAUGGCACCAGGAGAAUGACAUGCUACCCAAGCACUUGAGAAGGACAGAGCCCAAAAAGCCUGAAGUCAGUCCCAUACAAGCCAAAGGUUUCUGUGAUCUUGAUUCUUUAAAUGAGGCUGCCUGGAUCAGUGCCCAGAACCAGCUCGUUCCAUGUGAUAUUUGUGGGCGUACUUUUCUUCCAGACAGACUGAUUGUCCACCAGCAGUCCUGUAAACCGAAACCUGCAAUGUGA